AUGUCAAGGUCAAGUCACAAGUGUCGUCUGGAUAAAUGACUUCCGGUUUAUAAAUAGGGUACAUAUCCCCGGGAUCAUAUGUACCGACGCAUGCGCAGUUAGUGCGAAUGGGGACUUAGCUUUUUUGAGGCGAAGCAUUCUUUGUGAAGCAAACGACAAGGUUGGCACUUAGAAAAAUUUUGAGUGAUUUUUACUAUUCAACUCUAUACUAAACAGGCUGCUUUACGUUUGACUUACAGCAAUUUGAAGGUAAUACACAGAAAGCAUAUAGAGUCGGGAUUAUCAGACAAAUAUUACAGUGGAUUUUAAGUUUUUUAACUGAUUUGAAUUCUCAUUUAUCGCAGAUAUAA